GGGGAAUGGCUGUUACAUUUACUGUUUCUUCCACUUUUGACGAGGCAAGUAGGCAAGCAGGGCGAAGAUAGAAUUAUCAUCAGGUCCAGUGAAAAUAAGUGGAAAAAUUCACUUUUUCCUCUCAAGGAAUAUUGGAGACAAUAAAUUGUGAUAUGAUAAGAAGUUAAUGAAUUUUGUUCAAAUAGUGAUUGAUUGCGUUAAACAAUUGUGGAAAGAAGUGCUCUCAGCGAAAAAAGGAACCAUUUUGCGACUGUAGUGCAGUUCGAGACAGUCGUGUCGGGCCAUUCCUUUCUUUUUUGCGACAUAAUAAAUACAGUGACUGAGCAUAUAAUUAAACGAAAGUGUCGAACAAUUACACAAAAACUAACAGCGCACAUUUCAGAAACGCAAAAUAUAAACGAAAAUAUUCGGUUUGAACAAUUCUCUUUGUGAACGGAAUUGUAAACGUGUAGUAAAAAAGAAGAGUGCUUAUUCAAGGUGGAAAAAGCAGCAGUUGAAGAAACUUACAUUUACUGUGAUUGUAUUUGUUCAAUUUGAUUUUGUAUCUGUUGAGAUCAUUUUCGCCACCACUGCUACAAAAUGAGUGGCGGCAUGCCAGAGCUGGGCUCUAAAAUCAGCCUUAUUUCUAAGGCUGAUAUUCGCUAUGAAGGAAGAUUAUAUACCGUGGAUCCUCAGGAGUGCACAAUUGCAUUAUCAAGUGUUCGCUCCUUUGGAACGGAAGACCGAGAGACCCAAUUUCAAAUUGCGCCUCAAAGCCAAAUCUACGACUACAUCCUUUUCCGUGGCACCGAUAUCAAGGAUAUUAGAGUAAUAAAUAACAGCCUGCCACAUCCUAAUGAUCCAGCUAUAAUGCAAGUACAAUUACCAAAUGGCCAGCACGUUAUGCCACACUUAUCGAUGCCCACCAUGAAUCCCCAAGUACCACCCAUGGCAGCAGUUGGGGCGUAUGGAAAUCCAUUUGGUUCCAUGGGCGGAUUAGGCGCAAUUGGUGGAGCAAGUGGAACCGGUGCUGUACCCCAGUCAUUGGCACCUGGAGCUGGAGCUCCAGGGCCAUUUAUGAUGGGCAAUCAACAAGUGUCAUCACAGCAGAAACUACCGCAAGGCCAGCAUUCGCAAACACAACAACAACAAAAGCAACCAAGCAGUAAUACGACGGAUACCAAUCCUUUGAGUACAUCAUUAUUAACUACCGUUGAUAAUGUUGGCUCGCCUCCAUCUUCUAAUGCAAACAGUAAUAAUGUGCAUAAUAGCAACCCGAAUACAAGCAGUAAAAUUGGCAGCAGCUGCAACAUUGGUAAUAACAACGUUGGUCUUUUGGGCAUUGGUCUCAGUUCAGACGGCAGUCUCCUUUGUAAUAUAGGCUUAGGAGGUGGCGGAGGUACAAGUGGUGGUCUUAUUUCCAAUAGCUCGGCUGCCACUUCUGCUACGGCUGCAUCUGUUUCCACAGUCCAGAAAUUGUUAAAUGCGUCGGUCUUAAAUGAGCACAAAGAUCAAGUUUCCGUCAUAGACAUGCUCGCUGGAGCCUCGAGGUCAACAACCCCUAUAAGUUUAAUAUCGAGGAAAAGUCCAUCUGCUGAUAUUGGGGUACAAGUGAACCAACAGCAGCAACAGUCACAUCAACAACAUAAUCACAAUCAAAAUCAGCCCCAACAACCACAUCAUCAUCAUCAUCCGAAUCAACAUCAAAAUAAUUCAGGCCAUGGAGGUCAAUCGCGUGAUGCUGGACACAAGCGACCAAAUUAUCAAAACCAACGUAAUGGGGGAGGUGGCGGCGGCGGUAACACCCAACGUAAUAAUCAACACAAUCCACGUGAUCGCCGUGAUUCGGGUCGCAUGAUGGAUAAUUAUCACAAUAAUCAUGACGGUGGAAACCGCAAUUCCUAUAAUCCACGUGGUAAUAAUCAGGGUAAUCAAAAUCGGAACAAUUGGAAUAUGCAUCGUGGAAACAUGCCUAACAACAUGCGCAAUAACCGCGGCAUGCGCUCUCAAGUAGGAUUUAGAUCGUCAAGCGGUCCUGGUGGAAUGCAAAAGCCUCCUCGCAAUCCCAUCAAGUUCGAGCAAGACUUUGACUUUGAACAAGCGAAUAACAAAUUUGAAGAAUUACGCUCUCAGUUGUCCAAACUUAAGGUGGGCGAUGAACCCAAAUCCGAGCAGUGUUCUUCGCCUACUCCUACUACUUCGCAGAUGAAUGGUGAAACAGAUAAAAAGGAUGAUUCCGGAAAUGAGACUGGCGCCGGCGAGCAUGAGCCUGAGGAAGAGGAAAUCACUGUGGGCUAUGAUAAAACCAAAUCGUUUUUCGAUAAUAUAUCAUGUGAAACUGCCCAAGACCGUGCAAAGAAUAAAAAUUAUGAUUGGCGUCAGGAACGCAAGCUUAACAGUGAAACGUUUGGAGUUUCCUCCACAAGACGUGGGGGUUAUCGUGGGCGUGGCAACAGUUAUUACAGUCGUAAUGUGGGAAAUUACAAUGGCGGCGGUGGCGGAUAUAAUCGCGGCUACCGUGGUGGCAAUAAUUACCGCAACCGAAGCAACAAUCGCAGCAAAAUGCACAAUCGUGACGCUAAUAGUAAUACAAAUACCAACGGCAAUGUGAUUGCCUCCAGCGUCAAUACAACUACUCCCACGGCCAAUAACGAAACUGCAGCUAAUUUGAAAACUCAAACUCAACAACCGUCUACGCCUGGUUCGUCAUCCAUUACCAAUUCAAAUACAGCAUCUACAUCCAAAACUGUAUCCUCAGCUUUACAAGAGUCUAAAAAUCAACCGCAAAUGGCGGCUGUUGGCGCAGGCCAAUAAUCCAUUGUGGACAAAUGGAAAUUCCACGUUAAAUAAGCAUCAAAUGGAAUUCGUUUUGCGAAAGAAACAAAGAAACAUCUAUGAAUGAUGAUGAAAAUACUUUAAUUGCAUCAAAGGUAUUUUUAAACUGCUGACGUCCUUCGCCCAUCUACGAAAAAAAAAAAAUGAAAAUUAAGAAGUCACAUGUAAAUCGAGUAAAAUCAACAAAAAGAAACAAACGUUUUAGCAUAAUCUUACUACUUUAUAUAAAAGAUGAAAAAGAAAAACAAACAAGUUAUUAAUGGAAUAUAAACACUUUUAAAACAAUCAUUGAAGGAAUGGGUCAAACAAGGCGGCACAUACAAUUGAAUCAUACUUCGAUUACAUAAUGAUACAAAAUAAGUAAACAUUUUAAGAUGUUAAAAAAAAACAUGCAUACAUACAUAAAUAAUUAUAUAUAGCGUUUAGAUACAAAACAAAAAAAAAUCAACAACAAUGAUAAGGAAAAGGAUAAAAAGAAAAACUUUAUAUAUUGAAUGAAAUUUUCCAAGAAUAUUAAAAAAAAAUAAUAAUAAUAAAAAUUGUAGAUCUACUUAAAGAAAAUAAUUAAAGAAAACAAAAAGGCGCUUACACUCAUAUUAAGAAGAAAAAAAGGAGAUUUAAAUAUGGAAAUACAUCUACAAGACAUAUUUUUUUAAUUAAUGAGAAAAAAAAGAUGGAACGAAAGACGGAGAGAGAGACAGUGUUGGAGAGAAGAGCAGUUCGAGAGGAUAAUUUCUACGAUGAUUUUUUUAGCCAUAAAAAGUCAUGACAUCUAUUUUGAAAAGGUGAACUAGCAUUUAUUGGAACAUCCAGCUAAUGAUUACAGAAAUUUUGAAUAUAUAUUAUUGUAGAAUCCAAUCUUAAAUAUUUUUUUUGCCAGGUUAAAAAGAAUAAAAUCUACAAUUACAAUUAUUGCAGGUACAGAUCAAAUAAAAGAUGUUUGCAAAAUUCGAAAGGAUUAUUAUUUCACGCAGCAUGGUAUAUUUUUCCGAUUUUAAAUCUUUAAAAUGGAGAGUGAGCUUUCAUGAGUUUUGCGACAUUUAAAUCCUACAUUAAUUAAACCUACAUACAUAUAAAUAUAUGUCAUAAGAUUCCUAUGAUUAAAUUUUAAUUUGUUUAACAUUUAGUUUUUAAGCUUUUCCAUUAUAAUGUCGAAACGACCUGUAUUUUCCCCUCACCCUUAAAUCCUAACCUCAUGCUACAAAGAAACAAAAGUACUGAAUAAUCGAAACUAAUCAAACGAAUAACACCCCAACGAUAUUCUCAACAUAAAGUUUAAUGAAAAUCAAAUUCUAAGAAUUGUAUUGAUGAAACCCUCUCUAGAUAUUAAAAAUGUUUCAUAUCAUUUAAUUAUUAUGUACAUUACUACAAACACACAAAAAAUCACACCAAUGUUGAGAAUUUUAAAAAGUUUGUUGCCAAUAAAGUUUUCCAAAGCAGCUCCAACAUGCAUUGAGCUUCUAUGAGAUGAACCGAAAA